CAUUUAUCACAAACAGUUUACUAUUAUCACUUGAGGCGAUUGAACACAAUUUUAUUAUUAUUAUUUUUUAUUAAGAAAAUAAAAAAGAGAAAGAUUUAUUUAUUAUUUUUGCAAAAAAAAAAAAAAAAUUAAUAAAUAUUUUAAUUUAUUUUAAUUAACAAAUAGCAAUGGAAAGUUUAGAGCCAACGAAGAUAAAAAUAGAAAAAAAAAAUUUACACGUUCCACCAUUGGACGAAUUAAAAUCUGUUUUUUCCGCAGCUUUAGAAAAAAAUUUCGCUGAAUUCUCCGUGGAAAUUGUUGACUCACCCGAUUUUCAAAAACCGCCAUUUACACUCGCCGCUUCUGGUUUAGGUGGAAAACCAACAAUUUUGGAAGUUGGAGGACCAGCUUAUUUAUUACCAUUGGUCCAAAAGGAAAAAGUUUAUGAUAUUAAAAAAUUGGCACCAUUUUUAAAUCACGGUGAUAAAUCUUUUGUCAUUGGAGCCGGAGCUGGACCAUGGCCCUAUAUUAAUACAAAUUGCGAGAUGAUGAUGAAUGUUGUUUUGAACACACCGAAAUCGUCGGAAAGUACAAAAAUUUCAUUUGUCGAUAAAAAUAAUGGAGAAUGCAUUUUAAAAACAUUGCCAGCAAAUGAAACACGUUUUGCAUUAUUGGCAAAUUUAUUUUUAUGCCAGGGACAAUUGGGAAAAGUAAUUCGUGUUUUUGCAAAAAAACGAAUUGGAAAUGAUGAUUUUAUUGCGACAAUGCAAAAAUCAUUGGCAAAUUAUUAUCCCGACAAACUUGUUGGUUUAGGUGGGACAUUUUUACUCAAAGAAGGAAAAGCCAAACAACACGUGAUGCAGGAUUUUUCAAAAAUCCCUUUAAAAACAGAAGAGGAUCUUAAUAAUUGGUUGAAAUUCUAUAAUAUGUCAGCACCAUUAAUUGCCGUUGGAACUUUUGUUUCCGCCGAAACUAAUUUAGAUUUGAGAGUACAGCAUUUUCACAGUUUUUCAAAUCACGGCGAAGGUGGACAUUAUCAUAAUGAUACAACGCCUGAUAUUGUCGAAUAUUUAGGAUAUUUCACGCCCGGAGAAAUUUUAUAUCGCGUCGAUCAACCACCAAAUGCAUCGAAUUUUGGAAAGGAUUAAUUUCAACGAAAAAAACAAAACAAAAAAUUUCUUUCUUUACAAACAACAAGAAAAAAAUUUAAAAAAAGGUACUUUACUUUUUUUAUUCUCUUUCAAAAUUCUUUUUUAGUAAAAAAAGAAAAAUUUACGAUUGUUUAUAUUUUAAAUUUAAUGGAUAAAAAAUAAAAUUUCAAAAAAUUAUUUUCCAAAAAAAAAAACGAAA